AUGGAGGUUCCUCUUGUUAACUUUGAGAACGUGGACGACGUGGGCAUCAACCUGGGGGACCCCAGUGACUCCGGCUACCCGACGUCGCCCACGUCAGAAGCCCCUGAUCACGACUUGUCUGCCCCUUGCCCGGCGACCCCUCGUCCCUCGCCGCUCAGGGGGCGUCGAGGGUCGCCGUCCACCCCGCCCACCUCCAAGGCCACGUCCAGCAGCUGCAGCUUGAUCUCCAAUCUGAAGCUGCUGGUGAGCGGUGAGUCUGCGUCCGACAGCGUCUUCAGCAGGUUGCCCAAGGAAUAUUACGACAACCAGGACUUCUUGGAGAAGAACUGUGUGGAAGACAAAGACCAGAAGGUGGUCAUCAACAUUUCGGGCCUGAUGUUCGAGACCCAACUGAGCACACUCAGUCGCUUCCCGGAGACGCUGCUGGGUGACCCCACUAAGAGGAUGAGCCACUUCGACCCGAUGAGGAACGAGUAUUUCUUCGACCGCAACCGUCCGUCCUUCGAUGGCAUCCUCUACUUCUACCAGUCAGGCGGGAGGAUCCGCCGGCCCGCCAACGUUCCCUUGGAUGUUUUUGCCAGUGAAAUGGUCUUCUACGAGCUCGGCCACGAAGCCAUGGAGCAGUUCCGAGAAGAUGAAGGCUUCAUCAAAGAGCCGGAGGUUCUUCUGCCCACCAAUGAACUCCAGAGACAGUUCUGGCUCCUCUUUGAGUACCCGGAGAGCUCCAGCUCUGCCAAAUCUGUGGCUUUGAUCUCUGUGUUUGUCAUUAUCAUCUCCAUUGUCAUCUUUUGUCUGGAAACCCUUCCAGAGUUCAGAGAGGACCACGACUCGUCACUGGGAGUGGACCAGCUCAUGAAUGGGACUGGAGAAGGUUCUAGUCCUCAUCCCAACACCAAGAAUGCCCUGGCCUACCUGACAGAUCCCUUCUUUAUAGUGGAGACCAUCUGCAUCAUCUGGUUCUGCUUUGAAGCAGGUGUCCGUUUUGUGGUGUGUCCCAGCAAGAGCGACUUCUUCAACAACAUGAUGAACAUUAUCGACAUGGUCUCCAUCAUUCCCUACUUCAUCACUUUGGGAACGGAGCUGGCCACCACUCCUGACGACGACACCAACUCCAGUCAGAACAUGUCCCUGGCCAUCCUGAGGAUCAUCCGCCUGGUCCGAGUCUUCCGCAUCUUCAAGCUCUCGCGUCACUCCAAGGGUCUCCAGAUCCUGGGCCAGACCCUCAAGGCCAGCAUGCGAGAACUGGGGCUGCUCAUCUUCUUCCUCUUCAUCGGCGUCAUCCUCUUCUCCAGCGCCAUCUUCUUCGCCGAGGUGGACGAGCCCCAGACGCAGUUUGUCAGCAUCCCCGACGGCUUCUGGUGGGCCGUGGUCACCAUGACCACCGUGGGCUAUGGCGACAUGUGCCCCAUCACCAUGGGGGGCAAGAUGGUGGGCACACUGUGCGCCAUCGCGGGUGUGCUGACCAUCGCCCUGCCCGUGCCCGUCAUCGUCUCCAACUUCAACUACUUCUACCACCGCGAGACGGAGCAGGAGGAGAAGCAGAUGAUCGACGCCGCCACCCGAGCGGCGCAGAAGACCUCGCCAGCCAACAAAUAUGGCGGCAGCUCGUCUUCGCUGUACAAAAGUAACGAGACCUGGCAGAGCGAGAAAAAGAGUUUUCAAUAA